UCCGGGGGGGUGAAAAAGUGGAACUCAGCUUUAUAAAAGAAGGGACGCCUCUUCGACAAUCAAAAUCUACAGACAGACGCACGUUCAAUCUCAAAGACCAUCACAGACACAUUCCAUUACGCAGCGCACAGAACCGCAGAGAACGAGACGCAGAGAGAGCGAGAGAGAGAGAGAAUGGGAAGCACAGGCAGGAACGUAGAAAUGGAUAACGAGAGACUAACUGAGAUGGACUUCAAGGAUUCAUCCUCCAUCGUCAUCAAAAUCCGGCGACACUUACCGGACUUCCUACAGUCCGUCAAGCUCAAGUACGUCAAGUUGGGCUAUGGCUACUCUUGCAACGCGGCCACCGUCCUCAAGUUCGCCUUCAUCCUACCUCUCUUCCUCUCUCUUUCGCUCCAGCUCACCGGUCUCAAGCUCGCCGACUUGUCCCGGCUUUGGUCCACCCGCACGGUUCAGCUCGAUAGCCUAGAUGCCAUCACCAGGCUCGUGGCCUCCGCCGUUCUCCUCUUCCUCUUCGGCCUCUACUGGGCCACCCGGUCCAGACCGGUCUACCUCGUCGACUUCGCCUGCUACAAACCCUCUCAGGACCGGAAAAUAUCAGUGGACGGUUUCCUCAAGAUGACGGAGGAAAGCGGGGGCUUUGAAGAAGACACCCUUCAAUUCCAGAGACGAAUCUCGAGUAGGGCCGGUUUAGGUGACGAGACGUACUUGCCAAGUGGGAUUACGGCCAGACCGCCGAAUUUGAACAUGAAGGAAGCCCGGUCCGAGGCAGAGGCCGUCAUGUUCGGAUCUUUGGAUGCUCUGUUCGAGAAAACAGGGGUUCAACCCAGAGACAUUGAUAUACUGAUAGUGAACUGCAGCUUGUUCAACCCAACCCCGUCUCUCUCCGCCAUGAUUGUGAAUCAUUACAAGCUCAGAACUAAUAUCAAAAGCUACAAUCUGGGAGGGAUGGGGUGCAGUGCCGGACUGAUCUCAAUCGAUUUAGCCAAAGAUCUCUUAAAAGCGAACCCGAAUUCCUGCGCCAUUGUCGUCAGCACGGAGAACAUCACCCUCAAUUGGUACUUCGGAAACGACCGUUCAAUGCUCCUCUGCAAUUGCAUCUUCCGCAUGGGCGGCGCCGCCAUCCUCCUCUCCAACAAAUCCUCGGAUCGUUGCCGGUCCAAGUACGAGCUAAUCCACACGGUGAGAACCCAUAAAGGAUCCGACGACAAGAGCUUCAAUUGCGUGUACCAGAGAGAGGACGAAAAAGGAACGGUGGGUGUUUCUUUAGCGAGAGAGCUAAUGGCAGUGGCGGGAGACGCCUUGAAGACAAACAUAACAACUGGGCCGGUGGUUCUUCCGUUUUCGGAGCAGUUCAUGUUCUUUGUGUCGUUGAUGAGGAGGAAGCUUCUGAAGACGAAGGUGAAACCGUACAUUCCAGAUUUCAAAACGGCGUUCGAGCAUUUCUGCAUACACGCCGGAGGAAGGGCGGUGCUGGACGAGUUGCAGAAGAAUCUGCGACUGAGCGAGUGGCACAUGGAGCCGUCGAGGAUGACGCUGCACAGGUUUGGGAACACGUCGAGCAGUUCACUCUGGUACGAGCUGGCGUACACGGAGGCCAUGGGUCGGGUAGGUAGCGGAGACCGGGUCUGGCAGAUAGCUUUCGGGUCUGGUUUUAAGUGUAACAGCGCCGUGUGGAGGGCAAUACGGGGCGUUCAGGUGGGAGACUGGCGGGGAAACCCCUGGGACGACUCGGUGGAUAAGUAUCCGGUUAAAGUCCCCGCUUCUUGAAUUGCCACGUGGAAUGAUGUUAUUGGUGCUAAAGCUUCACGUGGAUGUUAAUGUUUGCUGCUCUUUUCUUUUUACUUUUAAAUAAUCAUUAUUUGUUAAUUACUUCAUUAUUAAGAGUUAAGACUGAUAUGAUGAUAGUAUAAUCA